AUAAUGAAUGGCCCGAAGUUGACCACUUGGCGCAUUUCACACAGUGCAUGCACGUCAUGUCGUUCAUAUAGUCCGAUACAUGCACGAAUACAAGCAACGGUAGUAUGUAUCAUAUUAUUAAUUACCUUUACCUUCGCGCCUUAGUCAUGUCUAAGCUUAAGUUAUAAGUUUACUGGACGGAUAGUGUUUCGACGUUCUACGUUACGAGCGUACGAGCGUUGUACUUGUCAGCAGUGCACGGGGAAAAGGAAUACGAUCAGGUAACGACGACCCGUUCGUAAAGAAAGACGAAUAGUUGUUGGUAGUAAGGAGACGGACUUCUGAUUGAUAUUCCCUGUGAUCGAUUAACGUUCGGUUGACCGUUGUCGAAUCGGCGACUACGAGUAAUGGAAGAGGUGACCAAAUGUAGAUACAUCGAUUGUGUCGACACUCGCGAAAAGGAGCAAAUACUUCACGAACUACCCGUUUGCGAUACCGGUCUCUGCGUGAGGUGGCUGAUCAACAGUGGUCACGUGGAUCUCAUCGGAAGCGAUUUGGAUGCUCUACGGUCUAUGAAGUUUUUCGUCUGCAAUAAUCAUUUCACGGAGGAUUGUUACCUGAGCAAAGGCACUUUAAAAGAAAAUGCCGUACCUUUCCCGCAUUGGAGUGCCGUAUCGAGAAGAUCGAAGAACCUGAAAACGCGACGGAAAAUUCAGUUGAACGGUCAAGAAAGUUCUAUGGAGGUAGCUAGUACGAACCGAAUCGCAGAGAAAAAUCCUCCAUCGGAAUUCGAAGUGGAUCAAUGGUGUAGAACAUGCGCGACUAAAAAGGAAAAUCUUGUUAGUAUGACGAGCAGGGGAAAAAGCACGGACAUGAAUCUUUUGUCCAAGCUAAAGUUGUUGAUAGAAAUCGACGAUGGAGACGCUUUACCAACGAAGAUGUGCGACGAAUGCGUCGACAAGUUAGAACAAUCGUUCAAGUUUUUUCAACAGAUUUACAUUGCCGAUAAUACGUUGCGCCACGUGUUUCCGAGCACGCGAUCGAGUAUCGCGCCCAGAAAGCCGCUCGAUUCAAUCGGCGAGCAUAUGCGAAACGAACAACAAAGAGAGAAGGAGGAGGAACUGCGACAACUACAACAAAAACAGCAGCUGCAGCAACUUGAAGACCGCGCUCCGAAAGCUACCCGCGGUAUCUUUAGACGCGGUCGUGGACGACCACGAUCGAGGGGUUAUGCCGCGAGAGCGAGGGCUAGACAAAGAUCGGGGUAUGUGCCAGUCGCGGCUCGUAAUUCGCAUCUGAACGACAACGCGACGGCGGCGGCAGCGAUGUAUGAAACCAGGCUGGACGAAACGAUUGUACUCGGAAACGAAUCGCAAAACAUGACCGAUGGUGGAGUCGAGCAACAGCGCUCGGUCGACACAGUAUUCUCCUUGCUCACCGAUACCUGCCGCAGCGACGAGGAACUCGACUGGUCAGACGUGUUGAAGGUGAUGAACGAUCAGAGGUACUGGGUCGCUCCUCGACUGCAAACGGUGACCAAGGUGUACGGAAGAAAAAAGAAACCGGAACCGCAAAAGAUCGUCGAAUCGGAAACUAUAGCGACGUCGCAGCCAUCAAACCAUCAGGUAACAACGGCCAACGAAGAGUCAAACCGAAUAGAAAUAAAAGUGAAGGUCGAGACCGAGACGAACGUGACGAGCCAGACGAACGAGUCCAUCGGGACCACCGAGAUCCCCAAGGUCGUCGAGAUCUGUGAGAAGGAUAAAUCGAAGUUGGUGGACGACGCAGCGGAUCGCGACACGGAGACCGAACGACGAGUAUCUUGCGACUUUUGCGAACAGCCAUUUCGAUUCGAGCAUCAGUUGCAAACGCACUUGUCGGGCCAGGAUCAUUCCGAAACUAUCGGCGGUUACAUGUGUUCGAAUUGUUUGACUCGUUACGAGAGCGAGGUCACGCUUUCGAAUCAUCGUAGCCUAUGUCACGGGCAUCGCCGGAAAUAUAGCUGCGAGCACUGUCGAGCAGAAUUUUCCCUCAAGCGAGUACUGAAGGAACACGUGAGCAAAUGUCAGCAUCUGCAAAAUGCGCUUUCAUCGACGUCUAUCAGUCCUUCGAAACAGGAUGCGAGCGAAUGUGCGACAGUUCGCAGAGAGGACGACGACGACGACGACGACGACGAGGACGACGACGACGACGACGACGAUGAUGAUGACGACGGUGGCGGCGGUGGCCACGAUGACGACGGUAACGACAACGACGUUCCACGAACGACGGAAACGACGACCUCCGUCGCAUCUCUUUGCCCGCACCUCGAAUUCGUGGAUACGAAAAGAGACGACAAGGCAGCUUCGUGUUCGUCGCAGCAACAACCGUCGAAGGAUGUCGACGAGAUUCGGGUCGAGGGGAGCCCCGGAUCGACGUACGCCGUUGCGGUGACGGCUGGUCGUGAAUCGUCGCCAGUGACUUGUCCGGAUUGCAACGAGCGGAUGCAGGACACGAUGGAACUCGGCAUACAUCGGAUGCGUCGUCAUUCGAUGAACAGGAAGGACGCGACGUGUCUUCUUUGCGACAACAAGUCUUUCGUUUCCUCGGAAGAAUACGAGCAGCACGUACUCGAUCAUUGCAAACGAUUGAGAAUAUCUCCAAGGUAAAAAUUUCGAAUUCGACUUUAUUAUCGCGCACAACCCCCGUUGAGUCCAUAUCCCCGAAGAGGGAAAGGGAGAGGACUUGGAUUUUAAUACGAUAUAUACGGUAUCGACACUAGGUCCAUCGUCCCAUGUGUACGCUCGGCACGGGCGUACCGUGCAUGUAAAAAGGAAACGAGAAAUCGAACGUGACACCGAAGUAAAACGACCAAACAUCGGUACCGUACUCUCAGAUUCGUAGUUCGACAAUUAUAAAAGACACGAAAAUGAAAAUGAAAAUCACUUUAUUAACAUGUCAAAGCGCAUCGUUCGUACCGAGCCCCAUCGAAUCUCUGUCAUUUCCUGUUACACGAGGCAGUCCAUUUAUUUUCAUUCGACCGAUGUAACGCGUGUAAUUUGUAAAAUAAACGAGGAAUUUUCAA